GCGGCGUGCGUUACGCAUUAAGGCGAGAACAGGCGGAUGGAUGAUAUAUCUGUGUAAAAUAAAUUACAAAAUAUAUAUCAGUUAAUAUAAAAAUCAAUUACAGAAAAAUCAAUACAUAAGCUGUAAUUAUUAGAAAGUGAAAGUGUUGGAGAACUACAGACGAUCAUAUAUACAGAGAAAAUGGGACGUGAUAAUUUGUCCAUCGUUAGUUUCAACUCGUCACGCAGGGGGCUCAAUUCCUUGAGGACAUCUGAAAGGAGCCCAUAUCUUGAGAGAAUCAUCGAGGGUUCUUCGCCCGAUAUUUGUCUACUCCCCGGUGAUGAUAAGGCGAUGACAAUGAACGCUGUGAGGGGUUAUGGGCAGUAUUAUGUCCCUUCGGCCGACGGGACAGUUCUUUUGUAUGACAGUAAUAGGAUUAGAAUGAAUGAACAACAGGUUAAUGUGAACGGAUUUGGCCCGCUGCCGGAACUUGACACAUACAAAAUGGUGCUCCCCAGUGUGCAGGUGUUAUCCCUGAUGCCAUCGAAUGACAGGUCCGUUGUGAAAGAAUUUUCACUCGUGUCCUGGAAAUACACGAUGUUUUCUCAAUCUAGGGACAAGACAAGGACCCUUGAGAGUCUGAUUGUGUUUUGUCAAUGGCUUGCAUUGUCAACCGAAAAGGCAGUUUUCAUCGGGGGUGAAAUGGCCAUUGAUUACGACACCAUUGUGAAGAUAACGAAGAACCUGUCGCAGAAGGGAAGAGAAAGGUAUGUGUCCGACGCCCAGUCUGAAAUGGUGGAUCACGCCUUUUUACCGUCGAUGACAAAAGCCACGGUGCGGGACAGGCGACAUCUCUUUGAAAUGAACGUAUACAAAUGCAAGAGUGACCCAGUGCUAUCUUCGAACGAGCCACAAGCUGAUUGCUUCAUUUCUUCUAAGAUCCUGGAGCUCUCUGAAGCGAAGCUUGUAGACGUGGAGAAGGUCUGCAGCAGACAGUGUAAACUUGAAACGCUGGUAGACGUGGAGAAGGUCAGUAGCAAGCAGUGUGAGCUAGAAACGCUGCGUAAGAUCUGUCCUACGGCGACGACCAUGACCAUUCCUCAGCGGCCACCGAGGCACCAUGGUGGUUAAUACGAUGUACCAAAGAAUAUCAGACAUAAUCAGAAAGAUGUCCGUCGAGUGAAUGUUUAUUGGAAACUCGUAUGCAUUAAGUGCAAACAGGACGUUUAAUGUGGUUGUUAGCUCAACUGUUUUGUUUAGAAUAAAAGUCAUAGUUUUGUGAUAGCCGUUGUGUCGAAUGGGGUUGUAGUCGUUGGAAUCCGUGUCAAACAGCUUUUUCAACCAAGAGUGUCAAAUGGAACUUGGUAAAAAUGUUCUCAGUACAAAUACACAUAUGCGUAACAAGGCCAAUAACUCUGGUAAAGUUAAUUGUUAAUUAUUGAGUUACGCAUUAAGAAACACCAGACAAGCGUUGGCAUCGGCCAGUGGUGCUGUUGUUUAAGUUAUUGUAACAUCACGUUAGAAUCUCAUUGUUAUGUACAAGUUAUUAAAUCGCAUAUUAUGUUUUUUGGUACGAUAGCUACAGUAUGUAUGCUAUCUAAUAAAACGAACUAGACAAAUGUGAAAAAGUUUGAUAAAGAGGCGCAAUUCUGAAUGACUUAUGUUUAAGCGCAUUUUUCAUUUAUUAUAUCUCAAGUUUCACUGAAUUUUUGCUAUUCUGUGUUGAGCAUUUAUGGGUACAUUAUCCCACUUAGUUUCAGAAUGAAAACUUAAAAGUGAUAGUAUAAAUUUUAACAUUAGUGAAUAUGUGAUAUGCUGCUGAUAAGUAUAAUAUUGCCAUCGUAUGUACAUGUUUGUACCUCUAUGUAAAUUUGUGCUAUUCACUAUUCUGUUUUACCUGCAGUGCAGGUUGUUACUAUGUGCUGUAUAUGUAUACAAAUCGAUUUGCUGGUAGAAAAUGUUGAAUAAAAGUGUAUAACGCAA